AUGUACAUUAGAAACAAAUUGACCGCACAGCUAAAGGACGAAGGAGCUGUUUUCACAAUCAUAGCUGACGAGACAACUGACGUAUCUAACCAUGAGAUGCUUGCAUUAUGCCUACGUUUUGUAUCAGCUAAUAACCAAAAUGUUGAAAUUAAGGAAAUUUUUUUCGACUUUGUACAUUUAAAUAGAACAUCUGGCAACAAAAUAGCUCAAUGUAUUAUUGAUUCGCUCAGUCGUCACGGAAUAGAUGUCAACAAAUGCAGAGGACAAGGCUACGAUGGAGCAGGAGCCAUGUCAUCGGCAAGAGUUGGGGUCCAGGCUCGUAUUAAAGAAGUAUCUCCAUUAGCACUGUUUGUUCACUGCAACAGCCAUGUUUUAAAUCUUAGUAUUGCUGCAGCUUGCAAGAUACCUUCUGUUCGCAACAUGAUAGUUUCUUUAAAUGAAGUUUACUUGUUCUUCCAUAAUUCCCCAAAAAGACAAACCUAUUUUGAACUUGUAAUCGAACGGCUUGAAAUUCCUUCCAACGUGAAAAAAAUCAAAGGUCUUUGCAAAACCCGUUGGAUUGAAAGACAUCAAUGUUAUGAAACUUUCUAUGAACUAUAUACAACCAUAUGCCGUACAUUUGAAGGUAUUUUGAACUUAGAAAAUGCAGAGGCUCUUGUUGAUUUACCUCAUGGUCCGUGGGAAUGGGACAGAGAAACAAGGACAAAGGCACAAGGUCUCUUGCAUACUACGGAAAGUUCCAUGUUUAUCGUUGUUUUUGUCACUGUGAAGAAUUGCUUGGAAGUUAUUAAACCCGCUGCCGUAAAAUUACAGAAAAGGGAGCAAGACAUAUAUUCUGCUUACCAAUACAUAGACAAUGCUAAAACAACAAUAUCUAAGUAUCGUAAAGAUAUCGAUGACCUUUUUCGAACUUGGUUCAAGGAUGCUGAGGCACUUGCAGCUCUAGUUGGUACAGAAAUAACAAAACCAAGAAUAACAGGUCGACAGACAAACAGAGCUAAUGCUACGAGUGAUUCUGCAGAAGAAUACUUCCGUAGAAAUAUGGCUAUUCCAUUUAGUGACCAUUUAGAUACUGAGAUGAAAACCCGGUUUCAAUCUCAAGACAGAGUUGGUGUUGAGUUGUUUGGAUUGCUUCCGAGUUCUUCAAAGUCAAUCAGUGAUAUUGAGGAUUUUGUUAAAAAAACUGUCGUUUUGGAAAGAUGA